UUGUACUGAACGGAAUACACCUGCCGCGCGCUGUUGCCCCAAGCCACUUCGCACCCACGCGCGCAAGCUCUAAACAACCACCAACCCAGCCAUGGCAUGACAAACACGGGUUCUACCAUUUCUUCCUAGCAACUCCAGUCGACCAUGAAGCUGCUUUCCUGGUUGUUCCUGCUCUUGCAGGCCUCUGCGCUUUCCUACGCCGAAGCGCAGGCAAACCAGCACGUACUUGGCGGCGGCCCAGCUGAGCACGCAAAUGGCGACUCGUUUCGCGCAGAGGUUGCCUCGCAGAGCGGGGGACAAACGGUGCGGGAACCUGGCGCCGACCUCGUCGACUCGGCCCUCUUCGAGUUGCGCAAGCUACAACAGGUCUCCCAUGCCCGGACACGGAAACAACAAGGAGCCAUGGGCGCUGUGCUGCACUUCGCCCUAAAUGCCCUCCCGACCCUCCGCCUCAGCGCCCCGUCGUCCGAAUCGUCCCCGAAGAGCGCGGUUAGCGGGCCCCUCCUGCAUGCGACAAGGCUUCUAGAGGAAUCCGCCCGGCAAAACAACUCGGACGCUCUCUAUAUCCUUGCCGAAAUGAACUUCUAUGGCAACUUCUCGCACCCGAGGAACUUUGCGGCAGCGUUCGACUACUACCAUCAGUUGGCCCUUCUCAAUGGGAACAGCUCGGCGCUGUAUAUGGUUGGUCUCAUGUACUCGACCGGCGUCGGGGGAGCUGUCCCGCGCGACCAGGCUCGGGCUCUCCUCUACUACACCUUUGCUGCCAACAGGGGACACACGAGGGCCGAGAUGACGCUCGCCUACCGGGCCAACGCGGGCAUUGGGACACCAAAGAAUUGCGACCUGGCCGUUAAGUACUACAAGCGGGUCGCAGACAAGGCCAUCGCAUGGUACCGGUCGGGCCCCCCGGGCGGCAUGGGCUGGAUCUCGCAGGCCUACCGGAUCGCCGACGAGAGCGGCGGUGUCUACGGGGAAGGAGCCAGCAUUGUCAGCGCCGGGCCACAUGCCGUCAAGGCGAACCCUAACUCAGAUGCCCACGCUUCGAUCGAGGACAUCAUUGAGUAUCUGGAUCUCAUGGCCCAUAAGGGGGACUUCAAAGCCUCGUACAACCUCGGGCGCAUCUACUACGAGGGUCAGAGGGGCCUCGACAGGAACGUGGCGAUGGCCAGGAAAUACUUCUUGGACGUCACCCAGAAGUACUGGAGGAAGAACCGUGUGGUCGACAACCCCAAGCCGGGGCUGGACAAGACGGCCGGAAAGGCGGCCGGCUUCAUUGGCCGCAUGUUCAUGCGCGGGGAAGGCGUCGAACAGAACUUCGACCGCGCCAAGUUCUGGUUCGAGCGAGGCUCGAAACUCAAAGACGCGCAGUCCGAGUACGGCCUGGGUCUGCUGUAUCUCCAUGGUUACGGCGUCAAGGCAGAUAUCGCCAUGGCCACCGAGCAUUUCAAGACAGCCGCCGGCCUGGACUCCGCUGCCGCAGCUGUACAGCUUGGCCUGCUGUACCUCGACCAGGGCCACAACGAGGACUUGGUCGCUGCGAACCGCUACUUUGAAAUCGCCGCUCGGUGGGGUAACGUAGAGGCCUUCUACUAUCUCGCCGAAAUGAGCUUCUUCGGCAUCGGCCGCGAAAAGUCAUGUAGCACCGCCGUGAUGUACUACAAGACCGUGGCCGAGCGAGCAGAGCCGCUUGUCUCGUCGUGGGCGGACGCCAACGUCGCGUACGACAAUGGCGACACGGAGCUGGCACUCCUCGAGUACCUCGGCGCGGCCGAGCAGGGCUACGAGAAGGCGCAAAACAACGUCGCUUACAUUCUGGAUCCGGACAAGUCUCGGUUGCCCCUCCCUCAGGUGCUAUCCCCCCGUGGCCGGGUAUCCCAGCUCCUCCGGGAUGCUACGCUUGCGCUGAUAUUCUGGACGCGCUCGUCACGCCAGGGCAAUAUCGACGCCCUGGUCAAGAUGGGCGACUACUACCUGUACGGCAUCGGCACCGACGCGGACGUCGAACGGGCGGUCCAGUGUUAUACCAGCGCGUCGGAGUACCACCAGAGCGCGCAGGCACUUUACAAUCUCGGGUGGAUGCACGAGCACGGCGUUGGCCUGGACCAGGACUAUCACCUGGCCAAGCGGUAUUACGACGCGGCGCUCGAGACAAACGAGGAGGCUUACCUCCCCGUCAAGCUGAGCCUGCUGAAACUUCGGAUCAAGAGCGCUUGGAACACGUUCACACAUGGCGGGAUAAACUCCAUCCAGGACGAGCCAACGCCGAAGCAAGAAUGGUCCCUUCGGGAGUGGAUCAACAACUUCGUUCAGGACGAUGUUGAGUACUACGACGAGGUCGAUGCCUUCGACGACCUGUACGACGAGAACGGCAUGCCCGGCGGUGACCCGCUAGAUUUUGACGACGGCGUCAUGGAGAGCGUCGUGAUUCUGGGGCUGGCUGCCGCGUUGGCUUUCCUGGUCAUGUACCGCCAGCACAGGCAGCAGGCGGCAAGGCGGCGGGAAGAGGAGACCAGGCGGCAGCAGCAGCAGCAGCAGCAGCAGCCGCCGCCGCAGCAAGCCGGCGUCCCGGGAAGGGCGGCUGCGGAGAAUCAACAGCAACCGGAGCAGCAGGACAGGGGUCUCUUCCCGCAGCCUGGCGAUCCUGACUUUGGGCAGUGGGCAGUUGGAGGGGUCGGGCAUUGAUGAGCACGUGCGGUAGAAUGGAUGUAUUUCAUAACUAAAGGCAUUGCGGCGCAUUGGCGUAUUUGGUUGUUUAGACGACAUCGAGGGCGUUGCGGGUUAGACACUGUUCGAGGCACUACGCAGCGGUGAACAAAGCAUAGCAGUGAAAUGUAUCAGUUUUUGGAUUACCGGCAUGGCGGAAAACCGUUCAUCAGGUCGAGCAAGGCAGUCUUGACAAAUAUACUGCUUGUAUUCCGUAUAUGCAGCGCAUUGCGUUGUGGUGAUGACCCAAUUUGCAAGUGAUUUGUAUUUUUU